AAGACGCAAAGCAGAAGAAAGAAAAUCUGCUGCUGAAUAUAAAAAGAAAAUUACUGAUUUUUUUAAAGUUGUAUCAAUUAAAGAAUUACUUAAAGCUGAUUCAACUUUUGAAAAUGAAAAUUUAUCUAUUAUUAAUAAACCUAAUCAAGUUUCUGAAGAUGAAAGUGAUCAAAAAUUUUAUUG